CACCCCUGGGAAGAUGCCUCAGAGAUGAAGACUUCAGUUAGUAUGCAAUCAAGAUUCUUUAGUGUUUUGGCUUUCUAAGAAAAAAAUAAUAAACUUCUGUUCCCUUUCAAACAAUAAAUUCAACAAAAAAUAAAGCUGGAAAAUCAAGCUUCAUGAGUUCAGAUACAGAUGUAAACAAAAGUGCCUCCCCAACUGCAGAGGAACAGCCGGAGGAAACUGAUGGCCCCCUUCCUGGCACAGACAGUGACCAAGAAAAUAAAGUAAGAUUUUCUCCAGCCAAAAUGUCAACCAAGAAUUCUACAGAUCUAGUUGAAUAUGUUGACAAGGGUCAUCCUUCUCUACCUGUCAUUCCAAACAUCCAGUCAAGUCAGCUGGAAGACAGACUGAACAAUCAGGAACGCACUAUAGCCUUUCUCCUUGAACAAGCCUUCCGCAUCAAGGAGGACAUCUCUGCUUGUCUCCAGGGGACCCAUGGCUUUCAUAAAGAAGAAUCACUUGCCAGGAAGCUACUAGAAAGCCACAUCCAGACCAUCACCAGCAUCGUCAAAAAACUCAGCCAGAAUAUUGAGAUCUUAGAAGACCAAAUAAAAAUUCGUGAUCAGGCAGCCACAGGAACUAACUUUGCAGUGCAGGAUCUAAACAUCAAACACCUACAAGGAGUUGGAGACCUUCGAGGAAGAGUAGCCAGAUGUGAUUCGAGCAUUGUGAAGCUGUCUGGGGACAUUCAGUUCAUCAGGCAUGAGUACCGGCAAAUUGAAAGAGCCAUGCAAGAGCUCAUGUCUUCCCUAGAAACUGUUUCCAAGAACUUGGACAUGAAGGUAAUGCAGCUCUUAGGAAAGAUAGAGACUUCCUCUUCUGAGCAAACCUCAAAUUUAAAGGUGGUCCAGGGAGAUUAUCAUCAUGAAAUGAACCUUUUGGAAUUCAAGUAA